AUGUUUGUUGCCUUAAUUUUAGAAAUGUAUAUGAACUUCAAGUUUCUCUUGCACCCAAAAUUCGCAAUGGAUGCGUUAUCUAAGAUAAAGUCAUUCAGAAACAAUACCGUCAAAGUACACAAACCAAAGGCUAAAAUAAAAAAGCAAAGUUAUGAAGGUUUGAAAGACUUACAACCGUCAAUCAAACCUGGUCUAGAUUUGAUCUUCAUUGGGUUUAAUCCUGGAAUCGAAUCAUCCCGAUCUCAACAUCAUUAUGCUCACCAUACUAAUGCAUUUUGGAAAUUAUUCAAUGAAGCCAAAAUUCUUGAAAAAUCUCUUAGUCACCAGGGCCAGGGAAUUGACCCCAAUGACAAGUUAUUAAAGAGUCUACUUAAACAAUGUAAGGCAGAAAAUGACUUACAAUUGGUAAAGUACAACAUAGGAUUCUCAGAUCUAGUGUUGAGGUGUACCAGAGCAGCACUGGAAUUAUCUAUGGCUGAAAAGUUACAAAAUGUACCGAGACUUCUACAAGAGUUUAGGGAAGCCAAACCUAAGAAAGUAGCGAUAAUAGGGAAGGGAAUUUGGGAAGUUUUCAUUAAAUAUUUACAGGACAAAUCACCAAUUGAAUAUGGAUUACAACCUAAAUCAAUAGUUGAAAGACUAAUUGAUAUUGAUAUUGAUAUUUACGUCUUCCCCAGUACCUCGGGAUUAGUAACAUCUAUGAAUUAUCAACAGAAAUUAGCAUUAUGGCAUGGAUUAUACGAUUAA